UGGGGCGAGUUUUUUUUUUCCCCAGAAAAAAUGAAAAAAAGAAAGGGAAACAAAAGGCAGGAAGAUAUAAAGCAGUAAUCAAGACAGCCAAAACAAAACCAAAAACCAAAAAUCUAUCUCAAAACCUUCUCAUCUUCCUUUCAGCUAAUUAAAGAAAUCUGCCUUUUAUUUUUUUCUCUGGAUUUCGCUCGCAUUUGACUGCUUUCCAAAAUUCUGUUCUUUAUUUCCAGAAAUAAAAAGGAUGGUACAGUGGAUUUAGAGUUGGAGCAGCGGAAGAGGUAGAAGAAGAAUCCAAGAUGUGGAUGCCGGGGGACGCUUGAGCCGUGGAGAUGGCGGUGUCCAAGGAGCUCGCCGUCCACAAGAACUGCCCCGCCGUCGAGAUCCGUCUCGGGAUCCCCGAUGUCGGUGGGGCCAUUAAGGUGAACUUCUUUAGGAGAAGAGAAGUUGCAGAGUUUGUUAGCGGGGCGUUAGCUGGUUCCAUGACUAAGGCUAUUCUUGCUCCUCUGGAGACUAUACGAACUAGAAUGGUAGUGGGGGUUGGAUCCAAACACAUCACUGGCAGUUUCAUAGAGAUCAUUGACGAGAAUGGCUGGCAAGGACUUUGGGCUGGAAACACCAUCAACAUUCUCCGCAUUAUUCCAACCCAGGCAAUUGAGCUAGCCACUUUUGAGCAUGUCAAAAGGGCCAUAACAUCAGCACAGGAGAAGUGGAAAGAAAAUGGAUGCCCAAAGUUGCAGAUUGGUCAUAUUAAUCUAGACCUCCCUUUUCCAUGGAUUUCUCCGGUUGCUGUUGGUGGUGCAGCUGCUGGCAUCAUGAGCACGCUCGUGUGCCAUCCUCUCGAAGUUAUUAAGGAUCGUUUGACUGUGAAUCAAGAGGUCUACCCCAGCAUUAGCCUUGCUUUCAGCAAGAUCUUCAAGGAUGAUGGGAUUGGUGGUUUCUAUGCUGGCAUUUCGCCGACGCUAAUGGGCAUGCUUCCCUACAGUACGUGCUACUAUUUCAUGUAUGAGACAUUGAAGAAAUCUUACUCCCAGGCAAAGAAGAAGAAUUCUUUGAACCGUGCAGAGCUGCUGAUUAUUGGGUCUCUCUCAGGAAAUGCGAAAACAAGUGUUUCUUUCUUAUCAACCAGAGAUUGGAAACAGGAAAACAAAAACAGUACAAUCUAUUGUCUGGAGUUGAUUUUGGUUCUUUGCAUCUCUUCAGGUUUCGCUGCGAGCACAAUCAGUUUCCCACUGGAGGUGGCAAGGAAGCGGCUGAUGGUUGGAGCCCUGCAAGGGAAAUGUCCAACCAAUAUCGCAGCAGCCCUGUCAGAGGUGAUUCGUGAGAAGGGUCUGCUAGGUCUCUACAGAGGGUGGGGUGCUAACUGUCUGAAGGUCGUGCCUGCCUCGGGCAUCACUUGGAUGUUCUAUGAAGCAUGGAAGGAUAUUCUGCUGGCGGACAGACCUCGGCUAUAGACAUAUAAGAAAUAAUCGUUGCUAUUGUUUCCUGAUUCUUUGAUUCCAUUGACAUGACCUUAUGAUGGGGGAUGCUAUUUUUUUCUCAUUCCACCCAUGCAGAUUUUUAUUGGAGAGGGAGGCUGGUGAAAUGUUUGUGAUGGAAAGGAUGUGCUGAUGGGAUAAAUGUAUCACAACCGAUUAUUUAAAUGAUGAAACAAAAAAUUGAGAGAAGUUAAAUGUAGUGGAUUGAAAGUCAUCAAGUUUUUCAAUAAGGUUACUGCUAUAAAA